AUGGCAACCACUGUGAUUCACGCGCUAGUAAAGAUAUAAAAAGACAGAGGGAGUGAGGAGGGUGAAUGUAAGUGUGUGUGUAACCGGUACGUUAGGAUGGUGAUCAGGGUUUUCAUCGCCUCCUCCUCCGCCUCUCUAGCGGUAAAAAAGAACCAGCAGGCAGUUGUGGGAUUCCUGGAAUCAAACCGAAUCAGUUUUGAUGAGGUGGACAUCACUAUGCUGGAGGACCAGAGACUCUGGAUGUAUAAGCACAUUCCUGAAGAGAAACAGCCGGAGAAAGGCAAGCCGCUCCUGCCUCAGAUCUUUAAUGGGACAGUUUACUGUGGAGAUUAUGAGGACUUUUUUAUGUCUAAAGAAACCAACACAGUGUUUUCAUUUCUUGGCCUCAACUGUCAACCUUCAGGAAAGGACUGUGAAUCUGACGCUGUAUAAAUCGCCUCCAUAUCCAGGACUGAAACACUGUGGACAGUUUUAAUGAUUUUCUCUUUGUGAUGUUUCUCUUUCGAAACCAUUCCUGCCAGCUCUGCACUUGCCAAAUACAUAAAACCUCCUUAAUAUUUAUACAAACAUAUAGAGGACGAGCAAAAUAUUAGGUAAUAACGGGUAACAUUGCUGCUUGAAGGUUUGUAAUUCUUUCACAUUGUUUUGUAGUAAUGAAGCAAACAUUUGACCUGAAGUGUAUCUUCUGAAAUGUACCAUCAAAUCUUCAUCUGUGUUAUAAAAUAAGAUAAAAAAGCCAAAUUAAACAAAUAAUGCAAAAACAUUAGAAGCUUUCCAUAUAUUAUGACACAAUUCUCCAACAUGAAAUAUCUACAUCCAAAAAUACAUUUAUCUAGAUGUAGGAAAUUGGUGAAAUUGGAACAUAUCACCUGUUUAUUGUUUGUGAGUCCAGGUUUUGUGUCUUUGCUUAUUGGCUUUAAAUUUAAGAAAAUGUUGCUGAAUGUUGUUGAAUUCCAGUUUUGUAAAAUACAUGAUGGACAUUUUUUGGCUCACAGAUUUGUCAUCUAUCCCUGUCAGUAAACUUCCUCUUACAACCUCUCUGAAGGUGUUUUUGGUUCAUGAUACCCUGACAUAUUUGUUAAGAGUGUUCACGGUGUUAAGAGGCUCGGUGGGUAGCACUGUCACUUCAGCGCAAGAAGGUCCUGGGUUCGAUCCCCAGGUGGGGCGGUCCGGGUCGAUUCUGUGUGGAGUUUGCAUGUUCUCCCCGUGUCUGCGUGGGUUUCCUCCUGGAGCUCCGGUUUCCUCCCACAGUCCAAAAACAUGCAGUCAGGUUAAUUGGAGACACUGAGUUGCCCUAUAGGUGAAUGGGUGUGUGUGUGUGUAUGUGUGUCUGCCUUGUGAUGGACUGGCGCCCCGUCCAGGGUGUUACUGUGUGCCUUGCGCCCAUUGAAAAGCUGGGAUAGGCUCCAGCACCCCCCACGACCAUAAUUGGAUAAGCGGUUAAGAAAGUGAGUGAGAGAGUGUUCACCUGCAGUUAGAGCGCUUACUAUAUGGCCUCAUUGGACCUCUGUUAGUUGCUGCACAAUGCUAUUUCAUCACUAAUACAUGCUGAUCAGACUGAUAGACCCUACUUGUAGUGCUGCACUUGCAAUUGUUCUGUAGCCAUUUGGAAUGAAUCUAACUUUUUAAUAUGUAUUUCCAUGUUUCUGUUAUUUUGUCCACCACCAUUUUACACUCGCGUACACUUAGUAGACUUAGUGGACACAGUAAUUGAGACAAUGGACUGUUUUGUUUAUAUUAGUGUUUGUGACUUUAUUUAUCUAUGUGUGGGUUUAGUUUAUCAGUAUAAAAUGUUCUGCCAAGUUUGGUUACAGUAUGUGUGUUUGUAUUGUACAUAAUGUCAUAUGUUUGUAUCAUUUUAAUGUGUAACUUCUUUUAUUUAAGAAAAUGUCAGCAUUAUUUAGUGGGAGGAAAAGCACAGCACAUGAAAAUGCAACAGUAUAGACUCUUCUGUGACUAUAUUUUAACCAAAGCAAACAGGUCAAUACUUUAAAAAAUGCUUUUAUGUCAAUUUAAUCUCAACCAGAAAACAGAAGCAGAUGAAAAUCACUGUCAGCACCCUUGCUAGUUGCUCUUGGUUGGAAGUGCCACACUACUCUGCUUUGUUAAGAGUCAAUUUAAUGAACAUCACACUGCAUCCUUUUAUUAACACAUAUGUUUUAUUAUUGAAUCCAUUAUCUGUUGUUUUUGUGUAAUAAUCCUAAAAUCCUUCAAAGUUUGAAGUUUGUAAUAUUAUGGAAAUUAAAAAGUGGCCAAACAUUGGAUGAGCUGCUGGGCCAACAACACAAAUACAUCACUGUCUUCCUGUCAUUGUCUAUCCCACAAUUCACUGCUCCUCUUCACCUAUUUUCUCUGAUUUAUUAAAUGAUUCCGCAUGAAUUCAUCUGCACCCAGCGUGCACACGCAAAGCCUUGUUUUCUACUAAAUACAUUUGCACUCAGGUUAUGGUUGUCCUUCAUGCUGUGUCUUUGCAUCUUAGGAUUGUAGGAUUUUAUCAUAUAGGUACACCUAUGUGGGUAUACAAUUACUGACUGUGUCCCAGCUCUGUACUCUUUGUUAACCCAUGUAGCCCAUGUUUUACUCAAAAGGGUCAGUCAUAGGACCCCUAUUGACCAGAUGAUGUUUGGGUGGUGGACCAUUCUCUGUAACUGUAUACCCGUCAUCUGUGUGGUUGGAGUAGCUUAUAAAAUGAACAAUAUACUCACCACAUACACUGAUCAGCCAUAACAUUAACACCACCUCUUUGUUUCUACACACAUUGUCCAUUUUAGCAGCUCCACUUACUAUAUAGAAGCAUUUUGUAGUUCUACAUUGACUGACUGUAGUCCAUCUGUUUCUCUGCAUGCUUUGUUAGCCCCUUUCAUGCUGUUCUUCAAUGGUCAGGACCCCCACAGGACCACCACAGAACAGGUAUUAUUUAGGUGGUGGAUCAUUCUCAGCACUGCAGUGACACUGACAUGGUGGUGGUGUGUUAGUGUGUGUUGUGCUGGUAUGAGUGGAUGAGACACAGCAGCGCUGCUGGAGUUUUUAGAACAGCAUGAAA